AUGGCGGCUCAAAAGAUUCAAGGAGGAGACAUCGUCGAGAUGCAAGGAGAUGAGAUGACCAGAAUCAUCUGGGAUCUCAUCAAGGAGAAGCUCAUCCUCCCUUACGUCGAUCUCAACCUCCAUUUCUUCGAUCUUGGCGUCGAGCACCGUGAUGCUACCGAUGAUCAAGUUACCAUCGACGCCGCCAACGCGACCCUCAAGUACAACGUGGCUGUGAAGUGCGCGACCAUCACUCCAGAUGAGGCCCGUGUUGAGGAAUUCAAGCUCAAGAAGAUGUGGAAGUCACCAAACGGAACCAUCCGUAACAUCCUCGGAGGAACCGUCUUCCGUGAGCCAAUCAUCGUGAAGAACGUGCCACGCCUUGUCAACACCUGGUCCAAGCCAAUCAUCAUCGGACGUCACGCUCACGCCGAUCAGUACAAGGCUACCGACUUCGUUGUUCCAGGAGCUGGAAAGCUCGAGAUCAAAUUCGUCUCUGCUGAUGGCACGCAGACCAUCCAAGAGACCGUUUUUGACUUCAAGGGUCCAGGAGUCUCGCUCUCCAUGUACAACACCGACGAGUCGAUCAGAGACUUUGCUCACGCCUCCUUCAAAUAUGCUCUUCAGAGAAAAUUCCCAUUGUACCUCUCCACCAAGAACACCAUCCUCAAGAAGUACGACGGACGUUUCAAGGACAUCUUCGCCGAGAUCUACGUCGAGUACGAGGCUGCCUUCAAGUCCGCCGGAAUCUGGUAUGAGCACAGACUCAUCGAUGACAUGGUUGCUCAAGCCAUGAAGAGUGAUGGAGGAUUCGUUUGGGCUUGCAAGAACUACGACGGAGACGUUCAAUCGGAUUCCGUUGCUCAAGGAUACGGAUCCCUUGGAUUGAUGACUUCAGUGUUGGUGUGCCCAGAUGGAAAGACUGUUGAGGCUGAAGCCGCUCACGGAACCGUCACUCGUCACUACAGAAUGCACCAGAAGGGACAAGAGACCUCCACCAACCCAAUUGCUUCGAUUUACGCCUGGACCCGCGGAUUGUCCCAUCGCGCCACCCUCGACAACAACGCCGCCCUCGCCACCUUCGCCCAAAACUUGGAAGCCGUGUGCAUUGAGACCAUGGAGGCUGGAUUCCUCACCAAGGAUCUCGCCAUCUGUGUCAAGGGAGGAAACGCCUCCGCAGUCACCCGUUCCGACUAUCUCAACACCUUCGAAUUCCUCGACAAGCUGGCUGAGAAUCUCGCCAAGAAGCAAGCCACCCACUAA